UGAGAAGAGCAGAAUGGGAAGUGGUUUGACACAGGGAGAAAUAGAAGCAGAAAGAGUCACAUAGGACCGGUGUGGGACUGCUAUACCCUCACACACACACACAGACACACACGCUUUUCUCCUUAAACAACCACGCAGGCUCGCGUGAACCCCGGCUGCCAGGCUGGACGGGACGGCGAGGACGCCCACAUCACACACCCGCACACAUGCUCACACACCUACGGAGACACACACUCUGGAGCGUACCAUGGUGCUCCAGGGAGCAGUGACGCCCGGGAGAACCCGCCGGCUGAUGCUUAAGCUGCCGGUGGGGACUCUACGAAGGAACAGCGGAGAGAGGAUGACAGAAGGGAGGCGAUGUCAGGUCCAUCUCCUGGAUGACAGGAAGCUGGAGCUCCUCGUUCAGCCCAAGUUGAUGGCUAAAGACUUGCUGGACCUUGUGGCCUCCCACUUCAACCUCAAGGAGAAGGAAUACUUUGGAAUUGCGUACACAGACGAAACGGGCCAUUUUAGCUGGCUGCAGUUAGACCGCAGGGUAUUAGAACAUGAAUUCCCCAAGAAGUCUGGUCCCAUUGUCCUCUACUUCUGUGUCCGGUUCUACAUAGAGAGUAUAUCCUACCUGAAGGACAAUGCCACCAUUGAGCUGUUUUUCCUUAAUGCCAAGUCCAUCAUUUACAAGGAGCUUAUUGAAGUGGACAGUGACGUUGUCUUCGAACUGGCGUCCUAUAUUCUACAAGAGGCUAAAGGUGAUUUCACCAGUAAUGAUGCAACCAGGUCUGACCUAAAAAAGCUGCCUGCUCUGCCCACCCAGGCCCUAAAGGAGCACCCAUCUCUUGCCUACUGUGAAGAGAGGGUCAUAGAGCAUUACAAGAAGCUCAGUGGGCAGUCCAGGGGGCAAGCUAUUGUAAAUUAUAUGAGCAUUGUAGAGUCUCUGCCCACAUAUGGAGUACAUUACUAUGCUGUAAAGGACAAGCAGGGGAUCCCGUGGUGGUUGGGUCUGAGCUAUAAAGGCAUCUUUCAGUAUGACCACCAGGACAAAGUCAAACCCAGGAAGGUGUUUCAAUGGCGUCAGUUGGAGAAUCUCUACUUCAGAGAGAAGAAGUUUUCAGUAGAAGUUCAUGACCCCAGGAGUAGGGCGUCUGUGACAAGAAGGACAUUUGGUCACAGUGGCAUCGCUGUGCACACGUGGUACGCCUGUCCUGCCCUCAUCAAGUCCAUCUGGGCCAUGGCCAUCAGCCAACACCAGUUCUACCUGGACCGCAAGCAGAGCAAGUCGAAGAUCCAUGCAGCACGGAGUUUGAGUGAGAUCGCCAUAGACCUCACAGAAACAGGAACUCUGAAGACCUCCAAGCUGGCCAACAUGGGCAGCAAGGGCAAAAUUAUAAGUGGCAGUAGUGGCAGUCUGCUCUCCUCAGGGUCUCAGGAAUCAGACAGCUCCCAGACAGCUAAGAAGGAUAUGCUGGCAGCACUGAGGGCAAGACAGGAUGCACUGGAGGAAACAUUAAGACAGAGACUAGAGGAACUCAAGAGCAUCUGCAUCAGAGAAGCGGAGCUGACAGGAAAGCUUCCUAAGGAAUAUCCUCUGGAUCCGGGAGAGGAGCCGCCCACAGUGAGACGGAAGAUCGGUACCGCCUUUAAACUGGACGAGCAGAAAAUCCUUCCGAAGGGAGAGGAAGAGGAACUAGAGCGUUUGGAGCGGGAGUUUGCCAUUCAGUCCCAGAUUACAGAGGCAGCCAGGCGUCUUGCCAGCGAUCCUCAUGUGAACAGUAAGAAGCUGAAGAAACAGAGGAAGACUUCUUAUCUGAACGCACUGAAGAAGCUCCAGGAAAUUGAAAACUCUAUCAAUGAGUACCGUGUCCGCUCUGGCAAGAAGCCUACACAGAGGGCGUCGCUUAUCAUAGAAGAGGCUAAUAUUGGUUCUGAAGACAGUUCAUUAUCUGAUGCUCUGGUCUUGGAUGACGAUGAUUCUCAAGUUACAGGUACCCCCACCUUCUCUCCAGUAGCAUCACCUCACAAGGGCCUUCCUCCUCGACCACCAUCUCACAGUCGACCCCCUCCACCGCAGUCCCUGGAUGGCCUGCGACACCUGCACUACACACGGUCUGACUACGAUAAAUCUCCCAUCAAACCCAAGAUGUGGAGUGAAUCAUCACUGGAUGAGCCCUAUGAAAAAGUCAAGAAACGCUCCUCUCACUCAAGUCACAGGCGUUUCCCAAGCUCUGGCAGUGCAGAAGCAGGUGGUAGUAACUCUCUGCAGAGCAGCCCCAUUAGGAGCCUCCCCCACUGGAAUUCUCAGUCCAGCAUGCCGUCGACCCCGGACCUAAGGACCAGGACCCCACAUUAUGUACAUUCCACUAGGUCAGUGGACAUCAGUCCCACACGUCUGCACAGUCUCGCUCAGCACUUUAGGAACCGCAGCUCAAGCCUUGAGUCCCAGGGCAAACUGUUGGCGUCCGACCCUGACGCACAUCCGCACACCCUGGGCACACUGGGCAGCCCAGACUUCUUCCUAGGCCCAGGACGUAGCUCCAAUGGCUCUGACCCAUUGGAUGACUGCUCGUCCUGCACCAGCCAAAGCAGCUCAGAGCACUACUACCCCUCUGGUGGACCCCCCGGCAGCAACCCCAAUUACUCUACUCUGGGAGAGGACUCACCCUCCAAAGCCAGGCAGAGGCAGAGGCAGAGGCACAGGUCAGCAGGUCACCUGGGUUCCUCCAACUCCGGCUCCAUGCCAAACCUGGCAGCUAAGAACGGCUCUGGUGGAGGCCCAGGUGGAGGUGGUAUGGGAGGAGGACACCAUGGAGUCUACCUCCACAGCCAGAGCCAGCCGUCGUCCCAAUACCGCAUCAAGGAGUACCCGCUUUACGUGGAGGGAAGCCCCAACCCUGUGGUGGUGCGUAGCCUGGAGAGCGACCAGGAGGGUCACUACAGCGUGAAGGCCCAGUUCAAGACCUCCAGCUCCUACACGGCCGGGGGACUGUACAAGGAGGCCUGGGGGGGAGAGGAGGGAGGAGAGGGGAGCGGCCGACUCACGCCUUCACGCUCUCAAAUCGUACGGACUCCAUCACUGGGGCGAGAGGGUGGUGGAGGCGGAGGAGGGGGGAGGGCCGCAGUGUCUGAAGAGCUGCGGUGCUGGUACCAGAGGUCCUCAGGGAGCCUGAAAGAGAGGAGUCACUCACAUUCAGGAUCUACUUCCUCCGAGACAGGGUCACAGCAAGGCACCCUGGGACACGGUCGAGGGAGUAGAGUAGGGACACUCGCCAAGGGCUCACCAGCUGCAUCCCCUCACAGCCAGAGGAGUAUGACGCCCUCCAGUGAACACGCAGCCACCCCCACACCCCCCUGUAGCCCACAGCACAUCCUCAACUGGCAAAGCGGAGGCACAGCAGACAGCUCUCCUACUGAGGACGUCUGUCAGUCUCCCCCUCAGCCCAGCUCUGACGCAUAGAGGUCUUUCAGUGACAGCUGUUUUCUCAGCAGCCCCCUGUGUUCAGAGCUGGCAGAUGUGCAGUGGUACGGACACGACAAGGCCAAACCUGGAACCCUGGUCUGAGACCUUCUUAUAGGGGCCAGAAAAGUCCCAUUGACCUCUCCUACUGCCUCUCCACUGUCCCUCACUACUACCCAUCAACAACCAACAACCUCAUCCUUAAGGCCCCACAAAAACCUUGCCCUGACGGGACUGGCGGACUGAACAUGAGCCUCCCCUCUGCCCUCCAUCCAUCUCACCACCUCUUUAUUAUACCCCUCUGUCACAGCUCAGCUGGACAGGGACACGCUCACUGGGCUCCGAUAAGAGCUGAUUUCACAGGCCAGACUGAGAAAUGCCACCUCAGCUGCUGAACUGUUGCUCUACAGCACCACAGAGGCUGUUCUUCACUCACCCUCAGUAUACACGCAGUGGGUCGAUGGGGGAUGGAACAAUGGGAAGAGAGAGCACACAAAGAUAUCAAACAUUCAGCUCAAACUCAACAGAACCAACGUCGGCUAUUCCAGGAUCUGCUGUUUCAUAUCUCAUCUUCAGUCCCUUAACCUUACCAACUCCAGUGCACUGCCGCCCAAUCAGAGGAUACCUGCUGGAUUUGAGCCACCAGUUAAAAAUCCAUUUCCAUGCCCAAAUGAACUGUGCUGGAAUUCAUUAUUCCCAUCAGUGUUUGUCUUUUUUGGUUUAUUUCUCCCUGCAUAUUUAUAAAAAGAGAAGAUGACACAGACUUUUAAAAAAAUUAAAAUCUGGAUUAACAAACAUUAAGAUGACAAAUUCAACUCCUCUCAGUUUAACCCACAACCAAAGACAACAACUGGAUUGACUGGUCACACCAGGGUCCCUGGGCUUUUGCCCAUGCAGAACAGUAACUGCAACUGUAUGAGAGUGAAUUCACAGUGACAGUAUCAGGAUGGUUCAUGGGACUCUAUCUGGGACAUUGAUGAGGACUAUAGCAAUAACAAACAUUAUACAAGUAUAUGAACUGGUUUGAAUCUACAGAGUGAAUUGAAGCAGGCUAUUUUGCCAUGUUCUCUGCCUUGUGAUGUUUGGAGUAAAGAGUUAUUAGUGCAUCAUAGGGAGAAGUUGGAUUUGUGGUUAUUGGGUUUGGCAUUAAUCUAUGCUUAUUUCAGUGACUUCAUCAUUCAUGUUUAUUUAAUGUCUUUGGUCUUGACAAGAUUUCUCUGUCCACAGCAGUUUGUUUGUCCAUAUGGUGCAUUGUGAUCAGUACUAAGACAUUCUGAUUCCACCUUUUCACAUUUUCACUUUCACCCCCAAAAGUUAAAGAUUGGCUGUUGACAUCUGUUGGCGUUACUUGUGUUUGAUAUUGAGGCUGUUCAGUGAUAAAUCUCUACAGUGAAUUAUCUUUUUUUAAUCACUAGUCUCUUCUUCCCCUUCGGACUUGGCUCUAUACCAGUUCACACCAUGCUGAGUAUCUGUUGGUCCCUUUUGUAGCACUGUGUCUUCUCAUCUUUUGGUCCGUCUCUUCAGCAUGACAGGAGCAUCCUGACUGAACACAGACUGUCUGAACUCUCAGUGCCGGCUUGAAUACACACAGUGGCUGUCACAACACCUCAUAUAAUGGGCACGCAUGAGUGCAAGUUUAUCAGUGCCAAACAUGUUGGUGCUUUACAUUUUUUACUGUAAUUUAGCACUGAAAAAAGCUUCAAAUCCCUUCACAUCCCAGCGGUAAAUCCCAGAGUCGCCGGAAGACACUCAGCAAGCUCCUCUAUGAUUUGGCAUCAUGUGUAGUAGAACUUACUCAAACAUACAUUGAAAAGCACAACAGUGUCUAUUAGGGCUGGACCUACAAUUAGUGUGUUAACGUUUUCCACUCUCGAUAUUUUAAGAAUGAGUUGCAUCAAAGAUGCAUAAGUGGUAACUGGAAGACCCACAGAUGUGGUGUUACACAAUAGUGCUCUUUUUAUUAGUAUAUGGACAAUUUCAGAUUGCCGAUAAUUAAUUCCCCACUGUCGGGGCAGAAGAGAAGCCAUAGUCACAGCUGAAGCAAACAACUCUUUAACCCUUUCAAAUGGAGAGAAUUUUUUUUCUCACACAUCAGAAUCAACAAUCAGAUAUUCAGAACAGGGUUAGAAAAGCACACCUGGUUUUGUAGGAAAGAAGGAGAACUCUGCAUGAUUUAGCUGUCCCUGAAUCAGUGUACCUCAUCUUCCCCUAAUCAGAGUUACGUUGAAUUUUUUGUUUCAUUGUUGCACAAAAUCUGAAUUAGUCAGAUGUUAAUUUUGCUAAGAUUAUGACAAAUUCUACAUCUCAUUGAUAGAGCAAAGUGGCCAUGUGAUUUUUCAGUCUUGUAGCACCAUUGUGUCUGGAUAUAAGGUAUAACAUGCUGUACGGCAUGGGAGGAAUGGAACGUAUCUUACCCUGUCCCUCACAGUGCUGUGUUUCUUUUAUGCACUAUAUGUAAUCUGAAGGUUUAGCCCUCUCCCUGCAUGGUUGGUGUUGUCCACCCAUGCCUGGUCAAAUUUCUUUUAUCCGGGACUGGAACCAGCACUCCCUGGUUACCAUCUCAUAGGAGUUAAUUACUCUAGCAUAUACAAGUCACUUAUUAAGAGUACAAGUUUCAAAGUCUUUGCCCACCUUUUAUAUGCUAAAGACACAAUCCCAUGCAUGUCCUGCAGAUCCUCCUAAAGACAACAGACAUUUAGAAUCCGAAUUCUGUAAGCUAGCAUUAGCACCUCUUGGUACAUAGUGUGUCCUUGCCCCCAGAAAGUCCCAUUAUGACCUUGUGGUAAUCUCUGAGCCCGAUGUGAAGAAGUGUGACAACCUGUCCCUCUGUAGCUCCAAACAUACCAUAUUCUCUGUGCUCCAUAGAAAUGUAUGAGGUUUUUGUAAUACUCCAAGAGAAAUGAACUAACUCUUUUAUCAGUCUUUUCCUGUAUGUACGGAGGGGCACUGUAAGGUUUUGUGGGGUUUUUAACAUUCACAUUCAUUGUUUUAACAAUGUUCCAUUUUAUAUGAACCAGUAUUGCUUUUUUUGUUUGUUUUGUUUUGUUUUUUUUUUUAGUUCUGACAUUGUAACAACCCCUUCAGGUGCUACAAAAUGACCAGUUACUGCUUUGUCACGUAGGAUCUAGACAUCUCUUCAUUGUUAUCAAUAGAUUCAAUACCAGAUGUGCAAAAUGAAGCUUAUUUUAACAGACAGUUUAAUAGUAGAACACUUCCCCUACCAGACAAUAGAGCAUGUAACUUGAUUUUACCAGUUCUGUUCAACUGUAACAAUACAUUAAAGGUGUUGUAGAAAAAAUGUGGAAUUGAUAAAAAAAAAACUGAAUUCCACAGUUAAUUUAUUCUUUUUUCUAUUAAAAAUUUGUAUAGUAACUUUACAUUUUUCAAAACUGUGUUGUUGGACAUUGAUGAUGAAUUUUCAAGGUGAGAAGCCGUGGUGGUUCUUCAGAGAAAGAAAAAUAAAUUAUUGAUGAAUGUUCUCAAGAUUA